GCUUCCCUCCCAGUGUUCCAUCGAAAGCCGUUGGACGUUUAAGGUUACCUUUCACCUUUACAUUUGAUUUAAGAUGUUAGUGCGGUACCAGCCGACCUACUGACAUUCUCUACAGGACCGGGCGUCGAUUCAACACCCGAAACAAUAGUUCAGUGUCAGUGCGCGCAGGAAUUUUUGGAAGAUGAGGAGGAGACUGAAGACGCAGUGGAUGUGGUUGACAGUGUUCAUCACGGUUUCCUUCAGUGGUACUUUUCUGUUGAGGGGGAAUCACGUGAGGGAGUUCCAGUCGAACAGGACGACCGGCAGGACCACGGAGUCGUCGUUUUCUCUGGCGUCGAUGAAGCACGUGACCAAAUCCCUGGCGGAGUUGGGGAAGAUGGACGAUGUGAACAGGCACUUCCUGUUCUUGAACCACGUGCCGAAGUGCGGCUCGGAAAUACUGAUCCUGCUCUUGCAGAAGCUGCAGGGGUCCAACAAUUAUAGACACGUGCGUUUGACGGGAGGGAACAAGAGAUAUUUGAUGAGAUCGCAACAGGAAGCACUAGUCUUUGAGAUGUACGACAUUAUCCGAAAAGAAGCUAUUCCAUUGAGCUUCGACCGCCAUGUCUAUUUCAUCAAUUUCACCAAAUUUGACAGACAGCUACCAACUUAUAUCAACUUAAUUAGGGACCCAGUGGACAAAAUCCUCUCCAGGACGUCGUAUAAUGAUAGACUGGGGAAAAAAGACUUUUACUCUAAAUGUUUGAUGAGGAAGAAAAACAACUGCAAUUUCAAGAAUGGUAAAACAUAUGACCUCACCAUCCCUUAUUUCUGUGGCCAUGAUCCAAGAUGCAUGAUGCUCAACAACGAUUGGGCUCUCCAGACUGCUAAAGCGAAUGUGGAGAAAUACUACCCCGUGGUUGGUGUUCUAGAAGAGUUAAAUGUAACUCUGGAAAUUUUGGAAUACAAAAUUCCUUACUUCUUCAAAGGAAUCCAAGACCUUUAUAAAAAAGACUUGCUUAAAGUUUAUAGAAAUAAAAAGAAGCCUAAAAUACUGAAGAUUGUUCAGAAGAAACUGAAGGAAACUCUAGUGAAGGAAUACGAGUUUUACGAAUGGAUAAAGAGUAGGUUAUUUAGACAAUUGCAGAUCAUGUAUGGUGAUCAUAAUUCACACUGAAAGUACAAACCAAGAAAGAUGAAGAACGUUACCAAAGACUGCUAGCAUUAAGGAAAUUAUUAUAUUAUGUUAAUAUGUGAUGUCUAAUAAAUGCCUAUAUUAGGAGAA